AUGCAUUGUUAUGUUUACUGCCACACCCUUAAUGAAUCUAGGUGUUGUUUCCUGGUAUGAAACAAAAGUAACCAGAGACUCCGUGGGAACAGAGGGAACACUUUCUCACUACAGAUUUUACUCCUUGUUUUUGGAAUAAAGCUUCAACAUGCUGCUGCUGAUCCUGUUCGCUGGAUUUUUGGCUUCUUGUGCCGCACAGACAAAAAGAAGAUCAGCUGAUUGAAAGUGUGGUUUUAUUGGAAUUUUCCCCGAGACCCCUUUGCCAUUGUUACUCCGGCGGCGGCAAUCAUUAAUCCCCAGACACAGUCCGUCCAGCCAUCCCCAGUCCUGCUAACAUCUAAUCCAGCAGACAAUGUUGUGGCAAUCCUUGCGACUGCUGUUCAGUCCUUUCAGGAGCUAAAUGAAACGACAGUUGGUCCAGUCCUGAACAAGCUCUCAGAAAUUCUCCGGGGGUUCCGACCUGAUCUGAACUUCAGUCUAACAGUAAAGAACAUCACCAAAGUCUGAAACCUCAACUCACAUGUUUCUGUGUUUGAUCACCGGUUAGAGAGAAUAAUAUCCUUUACAAUAUUACCUGGAUAAGGAGGAUCCUCAGUGGAGUUUUGAAUGAAUAUUACUUCUGAAAAUUCAAUAUGUGUAUUUUUGUUCCAAGGGUAAAAAAGGGAGUGGACUGAUUCAUUUGCAGUUAUUAAUUGCAGACUUAUGUUAUUUUAACACUACUUUCUUUAUCAGAGUCAAUCAAAAGAUUUUUUUCGUCUUUGAAACAUGCAUAACUGAAUUGAAGUAUCCUACUGUACCACCACUGAGGAUAAAAUAUGAGUCUUAAUUGACUAAAUUAAAUUGAGCAAAGAUAUGUGAUAACUACUGAAUGAGCCCUAAACUCCACUGCACUGGACUGCUGCUGUAAAUUGGUUGUCUGUCACUAGAUUUCUGAGCUCAAUCUGAAAAAUAUGUCUGAAAGCUGAGUGACAUCAUAGUGACAGCUGUGAAAUUAGUAAUGUAAUGCAUUACAUCUUUUCUAUUUAAAAUGCAUAAAUGUAGAGACAGAUUUACCAGUUCCCUAUUACAUGUCACUGAAUUCACUGUUUUGUGCCCAUUUCAUUGCAAAUUAAAAACUUUAGUUUUUUUUUAAUCUUCAGUCAGAAAUGAUAUAUUGAUAUAUUUAAUCAUCUUUUAAUCACCAAUAGUUAUGUGUGACAACAUUUUACAGUGACAUUUUCACUAAAGGUACUUGAUUACUGAGUUGUUGUAAAAUUCAAUAAAAAUGGGUGGAAGAAAUAAAUCAGUAGCUUCAUAAUCAGACUGAAUUCUCAUUUCUCAUUUCAUUUCACUUGUUUGUGCCACUUGCAUGUUGAAAUGUGUGCAGUGAUUCAGAGAGAAACCAGGCUAUUUUUACUUUCCAGAAACACAGCAGUUGUCUUUUAGUGGGUUUUUUGUUGUUGUUGCAUUAAGUCAACUUUGAUGAUUUAGAUACUGAUCAUACUUUAUUGAAUUUCAAGAACUCUAGAUCUGAUUCUCUCACAGUCAGCGCCAGUCUCAAUAAACUCAUGGCCGGAAGAAAACAACCGACAGACCUGACAAACCGAAGGUUAUCAUAAGUGACAGUAUAACCGGUUUCAAUGCCGGGCAUGGCAACAAUUUGCAGAAGAUAAAGACUUUGAGCAUGAAUUACACCCAGCCUACACCUAAACUAUCACUCAUUGAAAUCUAAAUAGUGAGAUAGUUUAGAUUAGAUAGAGCAGGAAGUGUACAUCAGAGACAUAGCAGCUGUUUAUAAGGAAGGACUGCAGUCUAAAAGCAGAGACUGAGGGGAUAAAAAGAAGAUAAAGUUACAGAUGACAAGUUGGACAAUGAGGAAGACUCAAAAGAAGAAAAGUCAAAUCCUCAGUGUGCUCAAAGGUCAGCAGAUUUGUGUGACAAGAAAAUAAAACAGCAUGUUUGUAGGCCUAUGUGUGAAACAAAUGGUUUCAGUAAAAGAUUAUAAUGUGAAAGGGUCUGGGCAAUGUCUUGUUGUGGUUUGCCUACAAAGACAGGUACAUACGUGUAAUUAUCCACAUGAUAAUUAUAAUAAAAUUAAAGAAUUAUGAUGGAUUUUUUCAAAAGGAUGUAAAUCUGUUUGUUGAUACCUUGAAAUAUUCUUGCUGCAGUUCCACUUUCAGCUACAGGGGGGCAACACAGGCAGAAGACAAAGGCUUUGAGAUUGGCCUGUAAACCUCCUCUACUCAUGUUGCUCACAUUGUUACCAACCAAAACCUAAAAAUGCCUUUUCUUUUCUUUAGUUUUUAAUAAUACGCCUCAGUAAUGUCUAUUUACAGAUACAAACAAAUCCUGUCUGUGAGCUCAGUCGUAGUAAAAUGUCAUACUCGGUGACAAAUGAUGUUUCGUGUGAAGCAGAAUCAAUGUCAUGGUAUUAAAACAACAACAUAAACCGAGUGUAGUGAGAACAGAUGAUGUCCAGUGUGGUGUCAGUGCUGCUGCUCUCUGAAAACAUUAUUGCUCCUCUAUUAUAGUACCACAGGCUCAGACAUCCUCUCAUUUAGUCCCAUCAGGUUAAAAAAAAAACACUGAAUAACUACCUUUCCUGUGAUGCAAAAAAUAUCUGUUUAUCAGACUGUUGCUGCCACUUUAUAACCCAGGUUUUCUCUUAAAAGUGGUCUCAAAGCUCAGAUCAUCAUUAUUUCAUUGGACACAAAGGUCCUCCCAGGUUUUACAGCAGUUUUACUUCAGUCCCCCCUCCAGGCAUCUGAGGUCUGUCACAUGAUCUUCAGUAAUCAGUUCAUAUGCACAUGCAAAGUGUGGAAAUUGAGUUGCAUGAACAUAUUCAUUAAAACAGAGCCCAUGUCUUUCUGCUCCUGCUGAAGACUCUAUUUCUAUUUCUGGUUCUACUUUUCUAGUUUCUGACUAUGUGACUUUUGUUCCAGUGUCAUAUAACUGUAAUAAUCGACCAACCAACAACAACCUGCAAAUCAGAACAUUUCUGGAAAAGUUAAUGGGACUGAUUUAUUAUUAUAAUGUGCAUAUGUCUCUGUUAGUAGUCUUUGGCAACCAUGAAGCAUCUUUACGAUUUUAAGUGCCUGAAAACUUGGUUUCAAAUGUCAAAGCUGCUGUAAUAUUUAUUUCAUAUUAAAAAUGUAUCACCCGUAGAGAACCUCUCAUCUCCCCUCACCUCUACAGAGCGAGUUAGCGUCUGGUUUUGGUGGUAUGGCCACAACUUUACUGUUUUGGUUCACUCUCAGUCCUCUUGUUUCAUUUUUGGCUGCAGCUGGCAGCUAUUUUCAGCAAAAAACGCCACUGUACACCUCCUGCGCAGCAGUUAGCGAUUAGCUGUUAAAGUUAAAAGAUGAGUAAAUACAGGACUUACAUUCUUAGACCCAAACACAACUCCAAUGGAUGAUAAUGUUAAAUAGGUAUCUGUGAAUGUGUAACACAUACAUUAUCAUUUUAAAAGGUGAUAUAGGUCAGUGUUAAUAUUGUUUCUGCUGCCCCCAGUUGGUAACAAAAUUUCUUAUUACUGCUUUAAAGGUCCAAAUAGUUUAACUGAUUGAAUGUAGACCACUGUUAGAGACUCUAAGGAGAGGCUUCUUUCAACGCACUGAUUCUACACAUGCUCACAACACAUUGUCAACUACAGAGCGUCUUUAAGGUUAACAGUAAAAAAAAAUUCAUUUUCAUGUUCUACAUAACUGCGCACUCAACAGACUGACCCAAUUAUUCUUUUGACAUUUCUUCAGUGGAGCCCCCAUGAAAACUGUUCACAGUGUGUAACAGGGGGACUGUUUGUAAAAAGAAAUCUUGUUGUUGAUGAUAUUGUUUAAAGUUCCAGGUCUCUGCAAGUUUCAAGCUGUCCUCAAUGGAAAGCAAUGGCUGUUAAAGGUAUGAAAUCCAUCUAAAAAUUUCUACCAUGCUUUGAAAAGUAUUCAGACACACAGUCCACAGUGAAAGGGCUUAAACUUUCACAAUUACCCCGUCCUUCAAUGUAAUAAAAACAAUGCUGAGUCUAAUUGUUGUAUAACUCUCACUCUGUGUGUUACUUCUGCUGGGCUGAUAUCUCCAGUUUCUUCCACUCUCUCCCAUGCUGUUGUCCGUGUUAAUCAAUGUUGUACUGUUCUCCUCUUUUCCAGUUUUCCACAUGACCCGUGAUGUGCUGCCCUUUUAAGCCCUUGGAGUCGAUCAAGCCAACAUUCAGAAGACGUCCACACACUUGACCACAUACUGGACACAGGCCUGAUCUUCCUGCCUUCAGUAUGGACCUGAGAUUCCUCUUCAUAGCUUCAGCUCUCCUUCUGGGGGCCACACUCACCAUCUCACUGGCAGACCGCACCUCACAGUGCAAAGUCAAAUGGUUGUUUGACAUCUCGUGCCAAGAUGUCUAUGAAAAGCUGGUGAGCCAGAUCAAGGCCUGGCAGAUCAGACAAAGCUGUCUAUAUGAAGGAGAGAAGUGUUCAUACGAGCUUGUGUCGACAGCUCCUUAUCUGAUCACAGCCACGCACACGUCUCCAACAACCAAAAAAGUGAGCGACCUACAGUUUCUUCUGGAGCAGUCCACCGUUUGCAAAAUGACUGGAGAGGCAGUGUCUGAGUUCACCAAAGAUCCAGCUGAAAACAGCACAAACUACUGCAGCCUCCAGAACCUGAUGGACGGAAGCAACCUGAUCAGUGCUGAGGGAUACAAACAGUUCAGCAACAAGUGGAUCUGUCCUGGCUUCGAUACAGCCAACUGCACCUUGUCUUCACUUAUCUAACUGGUUCUUAACAGUGUGUUUUUCCUGCUGUUUUCUUCCCAUGUGCAUCAUUAAGAUCUGUAUUAAUAGCUGCUAUAGUUAUAUAGUUAAAUAGCUGGAAAAACUGCUUUGUUAUAGCAUUGUAAAAUGACUUAAUUCAGUAUUCUAGUGUUUUCUCUAAAACCAGUUGUUUGUUUUACAUGAAUGCAACAAUAUUAAACUGCAGGACUUGCUGUAUUUAAGUAUUGUUUGAAUUAAAAGUCUUUACAAUAAAUGGAUUAGAUAAAUGUGGGAAAUAUAGCUUUUUGGAUGUCAGUCAAAUGUGACAAUGAGGUUUCAUCAUUCAACAGUUCAUUUUUAAUUUGAAUUCAAAUCUAUUUGACUAAUUAUACAUUUGCAAAUGUUUUCAAGAUUUUGUGAAUGUGAACAGUGACUUUUAUAAAAUGGUACUUUGACCACUGGAGCAGCAGCACAGUAGAGAAUGAAAUAAUAGGACACAUAAAAAAAACACAUAUAUAGUAUUCACAACACGAUGAAUGUAAGUGUGUCUAAAAUGGAUACGCUCAAGUCAAGGUAAAUGCCUAAAACUACAUGUUUACAUAAUAGAACUGCGGACUGUACUGAUACAUAACCUAUAAAUUAGUGUUAAUUAGAGUAAUGCAAUGUAAUGGUUGAUGGUUUAAUUUGAAAAAAGAAGGGGAGACAGAAA